AAAUCUAAAACAAAGCCCACUAAGAUGUAAUUUAAUUACAUUAAAUCUACUGAAGAUCCAACUUUGCCAUCCAGAAAUCCCCAAAUUUCCCCAAACAAAAACAAAAAGGGACGACUACACGAAGAAAGAGAAAAUCUAGAGAGAGAAAAACCAACGCAAAACAAGCAAUUUUAUACAGAGAGAAACCAAGACAACAAGUAGAACCAGAGGCACAGAGCGAUAGUUGUGUUCCUGUUUGUGUGUUUAAGGCAUUAAUGGCGGAGGGUAAAAAAGAAAAGAAUUCCAACGAAGAAAGCGUCAAGCUAUUCGUAGGUCAAGUACCCAAACACAUGAACGAAGCUCAGCUUCUUUCAAUGUUCAAAGAGUUCGCCCUGGUCGACGAGGUCAAUAUCAUCAAAGACAAGACCACUCGUGCCUCGAGAGGGUGUUGUUUUGUAAUAUGUCCAUCGAGACAGGAGGCCGAUAAGGCGGUCAAUGCCUGUCAUAAUAAGAAGACACUUCCAGGGGCAUCUAGUCCGUUGCAAGUGAAAUAUGCAGAUGGCGAAUUGGAAAGGCUAGAACACAAACUUUUUGUAGGUAUGCUGCCGAAGAAUGUUUCUGAAGCUGAAGUUUCUGCUUUGUUCUCUAAAUAUGGUACAAUAAAGGAUUUACAAAUUUUAAGAGGUUCUCAGCAAACGAGUAAAGGUUGUGCUUUUUUGAAGUACGAGACAAAAGAACAAGCCCUUGCUGCCUUGGAGGCUAUCAAUGGAAAACAUAAAAUGGAGGGUUCAAGUGUUCCUUUGGUUGUCAAAUGGGCAGAUACAGAAAAGGAAAGACAAGCAAGAAGGGCCCAGAAAGCUCAAUCCCAGGCUUCUAAUGUACCAAAUGUUGAUUCUCAACAUCCCUCAUUGUUCGGAGCCUUGCCAGUAGGGUAUGUUCCCCCAUAUAAUGGAUAUGGAUAUCAGGCUCCUGGGGCCUAUGGACUUAUGCAGUACCGCCUACCACCAAUGCAGAAUCAACAUGCCUUUCAUGGUAUAAUCCCUCCUGUAAAUCAAGGAAAUGCAAUACGUGGUGCCACACCUGACCUCUCACCAAAUAUGGGCCCUAGAAAUUAUGCAAUACCUCCUGCAAGUUAUGUGGGCUCAGGUUAUCCUAAUGUACCUGCUCUUCAGUAUCCCAUGGCAUAUCCUGGAGGAAUGUUGGGUCACCGACCUUUGAGCAGUUCACCUGGUUCGGUCACACCUACAGGUGCAAAUACUAACUCAGCAGCUUCAUCGAGUCCUGGUACAAGUUCUGGGGGUCAGCUUGAAGGUCCACCGGGUGCUAAUCUAUUCAUUUAUCACAUACCUCAAGAUUUUGGUGACCAAGAUCUUGCCAAUGCUUUUCAACAAUUUGGUAGGGUCCUGAGCGCCAAAGUUUUUGUUGAUAAAGCUACUGGUGUAAGCAAAUGUUUUGGAUUUGUCAGUUAUGACGGACCAGUUGCUGCUCAAAACGCCAUUGCUAUGAUGAAUGGAUUCCAAUUAAGUGGUAAGAAAUUGAAAGUUCAGCUUAAGAGAGACAACAAACAGAAUAAACCUUAUUGAUUGGAAGGUUGAGUCAUGGAAGGAAGCAGAAUGCUCUAUGAUAUGUGCUCUCGUGCAAUCUGGAUGUUCGGGAGUGACCUCAGUAUCUGCAUCUGGGAUGGUUGAGAUAAAUCGGUGCUUACAUGCAUUACUCCAUCCUCCUUGUAAUUGCCUCUUGGGAUUGAAAUCCCAGAAACUUGUAAUUCAUGGUGCAUCCUGUGCCAAUACAAUUUGUAAUUUGUGUAUCAUGGAAAUUCAUUUAGACAUCAA